AUGUCUAGUUAUCGAGCCCCUGACACCAAGGACUUCUCCCACCCCGCCUCGGACUAUGAAGACGCACAGCAUGGCAACGGCGCCGACUUUCGUGCCAUCGAUCCCACGAGCGGGGUGAAGCGAGGGCUCAAGACACGACACCUGUCCAUGAUGGCACUGGCGGGGAUCAUCGGCCCUGGCCUGCUGGUGGGCAGCGGAGGCGCCCUCUCCAGCGGCGGGCCGGCAGCGCUGCUCAUCGGGUUCGGCGUCAUCGGCAUCGUGGCGUUCAGCAUCAUGCAGAGCCUGGGCGAGCUGACGACGCUGUACCCGUCGGGCGGUGCGUUCACGGGGCUUGCGGACCGAUUUGUGGACAAGGCGCUGGGCGUGGCUGUGGGCUGGAAUUAUUUUAUUAUCUGGUUUGCCGUGCUGGCCAAUGAGUAUAACACCGUCUGCAGCAUUCUUGUCUUUUGGAGCGACAAGGUGCCUCUGUGGGGAUAUUUCCUCCUCUUAUGGUUCGCAUUCCUCGGCUUUCAGCUCCUCGGCGUUGAGGCCUUCGGCGAGGCAGAGUUCUGGCUCGCCCUCCUCAAGCUAGGAGGCCUCGUCGCCUUCUUCAUCUUCUCCAUCAUCUACGCAGCAGGCGGCAUUCACGGCGUGCCAGCCAUCGGGUUCAAGUACUGGCACGACCCAGGCGCCUUUGCCACAGGGUUCCGCGGCGUCGCCACCGUCUUUGUCUUCUGCAGCACCUUUUACGCAGGGUGCGAGUCCAUCGCCGUGGCCGCGACCGAGACCAAGAACCCAGGCGUGGCGGUGCCCAGGGCCAUCCGCCAGGUGUUCUGGCGCAUUAUUUUUAUCUAUAUGGGGUCCGCCUUUUUCUUUGGCCUGACGUGCCCUUCCAACGCAGAGGGUUUGGUCUCGGCGAGCAGCAAAGCCCUCCAGAGCCCCAUGACCAUCGCCAUCCAGAACGCAGGGUGGCAGUCGGGCGUGCACCUCAUCAACGCCUUCAUCCUCGUGACCUGUCUGUCGGCUGUCAACAGCAGUAUCUACAUUGGCGCGCGGACCCUGUUGUACAUGGGCCAGGACGGGAAAGCCCCCAAGAUCCUUGGCUGGACGGACAAGAGGGGUGUGCCUGUGCCGGCCAUCGUCUUUACGAAUCUCUGCGGGGCGCUGAGCAUGAUGAACAUAUCCACCGGCGCGGGCCAGGCCUAUGAGUACAUCGUGAACCUCUCUGGUGUCUCGACCUUCCUGGUCUGGGGGAGCAUCAGCUUUAUUCACAUCCGCUUCCGACAGGCCUGGAAAGCGCAGGGGUACACGCCCGUCGACCUCCCUUUUGUGUCCAAGUUUUACCCGUGGAGUGCGUACUUUGGCCUGGGGGCCAACCUCUUUCUCGCACUUGUUCAAGGGUGGACCAACUUCAGUCCCUUUGAUGCUGGCGGGUUUGUGGACGCGUACAUACUCCUGCCUCUGUUUCCGAUCAUCUAUGUGGUCUACAAGUUCACCUUCAAGACUCGAUUCUGGCGACUUGACGAGAUUGAUCUGCAGUCUGGCAGGAGACGAGAUCUGGACGAGGCCAAGGAGCUUGCAGAGGGUGGUAUGGAGAACUUCCGCCGUCCAUGGUGGAAAAAGUUGUUGCGAAAUCUGUGA